AACUCAUACCGCGUGGAAUUACCUGAUCGGAUGAAACAACGAGGAAUCCACGAUGUAUUCCACUCUUCUUUGCUGAGAAUUCAUGUACCAAAUGACGAUAGGCUGUUCCCAGGCCGUCUUGAGUAUCAGAUCGCCGAUUUUGAUAUGCCCGACGUGGAAUGGUCAGUUGAUCGGAUUCUAUCUCACAAGGGAAGUCGAAGCAAUGCUAUGUUUGAGAUUCUAUGGCAGUCGGGAGACAGAAGC